AUGGCUGAUGGAGAGACGAGCAACCCUCUGCUAGGUCUCGACUUGGAUUUCGGUCUCUCAGCGACGUGCCCUCCUACACCGAUCUUCGAGUUCACCGACGAUCAACAAGCUACUGAAGCAACGACCUCCCUCGAGACUACCCUUGGCAUCGGCAAAAUCGAAAAAGAGACAAGUAUGGAUUACUAUACCUUCCGAGAUAACGCAAAAGCGGACGGCAAGAUAGCAACGGACGGUUGUGCUUCCCACGGGCUGUCAGACCUCUCACUUCUGACGACCUAUUCAAGAGUCGAUCAGACUAUUUGGAUAUCCAUCGACGAAGAGUCGUUCUUUCAUCAGGAUGAUCAAAUCUCGUUGUCGAAGGUCACGUCCCAGUUCGUGGCCAGCGACAAGAAGGUCCCGGACUUUGCGUACCAGCUUCCAACUCCGCCCGCCACAACGAGCGGUCGCGAGACACUGCUAGACGCAAGAGAAGUGGUCGAUCUCGUCAUGGAGCCUAGUGCCUCCUCUGCUACCACUGGUCAUGCUUCGGCGCAGGGCGAAUUUAUUGUUAGCGAUUUCUCUAUCUGUCUUGAGAACAAUGUACAACAUUAUUCUGAUGAUUCUGUUGGACUGGAUCGUUAUUACGAUGAGUGGUUCUCAAACUAA